AUGGCCGCACAAGUUCCAGCAUCGUUGAAGAAGUUGGACAUCAGUCGAUAUGCGCUUCGAGCUGCACAGCUGGAGAAUGUCAAGCCAGCAAUAGCAUAUUGGUGCAACUACUGGAUAGCUCAGCAAAUCCUACAGAAAGAGGCACACAAUGCCGAUGAUGCAGCUCUUCAGUACACUACAGCCCUCAUGGACAGGCUCGAAAAGUUCAAGAAUGAGCAUUCCACAGACGACACCAUAACCGACGACGUUGCUGGCAAAGCCUUCGUCGAACAAUUUGGGCUCGACACGUUCAACAGAGCCGAUAAUGCCAUGCGCACAGACAAAGUAACGAAACAGACAGCUGAUACUCUUUUGGCUGCAGCUACCUUUCUGGAACUUCUCGCUAUAUGGGGACACUUGGACGCUGAGGUGACUCAAAAAAUCAAAUUCAGCAAGUAUCACGCCUUGAGAAUAUUGAAUGCAUACAAAGCUGGAGAAGAUCCGAACCUUAGCAAUCCCAAGCCAGAGCCUACAGCUGAGCAGGCAGUACCACCACUUGACCCUAGUGAUCCAGAGGUGCAAGCCUUAGAUGGGAGCACGAAGCAGAGACAGCCAUCCGUGAUAGACGCACCAGACGAAACCGAUCUGUUGCAGGCCAGACAGGCCAGGCAAUCCAACUUGGACGAAUCCUUACACCCCUCUCGAACAUCCUCUGUACCUCCACCGAAAGAGUCUCUUCACCCGAAGGGUGUCAGUGCUGGCGUUUCACCAUUAGCAAGAGAUGCAGCAAGCUUCUAUACAAAUAAUCGGGAACAUUCACCCAUAAGCCCAGAUCGACGGUCGUCUGUUGGUGGAAACUAUUUCCCACAAAUGCCGUCUCCUACGUCUUCUCAAGCACAACCAAAUCUACCACCAACUCUACCUUCGGCACCGACUGUACUGCACGACCCAGCUUCCUCGAUUGAUCUACCCUCCGCGCCAGCAGAUUUGGAUGACGAACCAAGCCUGCCUGCUGCACCAACGACUUUCGCACAAGCUCAACCACCAGCUCCAAAAACUCCGUUAGACUCUUUUCAAGCACCACCGACACCAGGUCAGGUGCCGUUCGCCUCCAUACCUACCAACCUACCUCAGGCGCCUCCACAAAUUCCACCACAUACACUACGACCUGUAUCAAGCCCUUAUUCUCCUCCUCCGCUUGCACCAUCCAAUGCACCAGCCCACACGUCCGUCUUUCAGCCACCUUCAGCGCCCUCACAACCGGCGCGUGUUCCUGUGUCGUUACCAGCAGUUGUUCCGAAUGCAGUCGUUGACGAAGAAGCAAUGAUGAUGGCUCAAAAGCAUGCUAGGUGGGCAAUAAGUGCGCUCAAUUUUGAAGACGUGUCCACCGCCAUUAAAGAAUUCGAGCUAGCUUUGCAAUCAUUGGGAGCACGAUGA